CGCCUCAACCCCACCCCAAGAAUACGAAAGCCACAUCCCAUCCCAGUCCACGGUGAGGUUGAGCGAUCUGAGGAAAUCAUCAGCGACGAGCAGCAACAGGUUUGUUCUCUGAACUUCUCUGAUCUUUUUAGAAGCAGGUAACACACAAGAAAGGACCUGAGCCAAGAAGGCUCUUCUUUCGGGUUUAUUAGAUCGGAAGAGGAGCUAAUUCUUGUGUAGGGUUCUUUCUCAUCCCACCAACACUCCUAGGAGGAACAGAGAUCCAGAGAACCUUUUUUCUCUUCUGGAUUCUUGCCGAUUUUUAGGCUUCCUUUGCUUUUGUAAGGCCAGAAAGGGUUGUUUUGCAAUACCCUUCUAGUUCAUCCUCUCGAUCUAUUUUUUUUAAUCCCGUUCUUUUCAAAAGCUCUUUCUUUGCACCCCUGUCUCUCUACUUUUAUUGAGGAACAAGGGCUAAUUUUUUCACUUCUUGCAUCAAAAGGCAACCCCUUUCCAUUCCUGUUUUUAGAUUUCCCUGCCCUUCUCACCUUCAUCUUCAACCUCCAUCCAGUCCUCAUGGCCGCAGCUAUAGAUAUGUACAAGUAUACUACUAGCGCACACCAAAUCGCAUCCUCGGAUCAGGAGCUCAUGAAAGCGCUCGAACCUUUUAUUAGGAGCGCUUCUUCUUCCUCCGCUUCCUCCGCCUACCACCAUUACUACUCUUCUUCUCCUUCCAUGAGCCAAGAUUCUUACAUGCCUACACCAUCUUACCCCACCUCCUCUAUCACAACCGCCAACACCGCAGCCACCACCUCGUCUUUCUCGCAGCUGCCUCCGCUCUACUCUUCGCAGUAUGCCUCACCCGCGGCGUCGACGGCGAACGGGCCGAUGGGGCUGACCCACCUCGGCCCGGCCCAGAUCCAGCAGAUCCAGGCCCAGUUCUUGGCCCAGCAGCAGCAGCAGCAGCAGCAGAGGGGCCUGGCCGGCGCGUUCCUUGGGCCGCGGGGCCAGCCGAUGAAGCAGUCCGGGUCGCCGCCGCGCGCGGGGCCGUUCGCGGUGCCCGCCGGGGCGGCGCAGUCGAAGCUCUACCGCGGCGUGCGGCAGCGGCACUGGGGGAAGUGGGUGGCGGAGAUCCGCCUCCCCAAGAACCGGACGCGGCUGUGGCUUGGCACCUUCGACACCGCCGAGGACGCCGCGCUCGCCUACGACAAGGCUGCCUUCCGCCUCCGCGGCGACCUCGCGCGGCUCAACUUCCCCGCCCUCCGCCGCGGGGGCGCCCACCUCGCCGGCCCGCUCCACGCCUCCGUCGACGCCAAGCUCACCGCCAUCUGCCAGUCCCUCGGCUCGAACUCGUUCAAGAACGCCCCCGCCGAGUCAGCGGCCUCCGCGGCGGAGCCGGAGUCCCCCAAGUGCUCGGCGUCGACGGAGGGGGAGGACUCGGUGUCCGCCGGUUCACCCCCGCCGCCUACACCGCUGUCGCCCCCGGUCCCGGAGAUGGAGAAGCUGGACUUCACGGAGGCGCCAUGGGACGAGUCGGAGACCUUCCACCUGCGCAAGUACCCGUCCUAUGAGAUCGACUGGGACUCAAUCCUCUCGUAAACAAGCAACUACUAGUAGUCUUCGUCCAGCUAGAGUUACUCAACACAACUAGCGUUGUAAUCUUCUCUGAAUUCCGUAGCUCCCAUGGCUCGGUGGCAUUUUAGACGUCGGCCAUGGCUGCUGCGAGUAGCAGUAACUAGUAGUCAGUGGUAGUAAGGUCGUCGGUAUUACGUCGUCGUGAAAGUGUUGUAAUGUCCUCGGUGAUCUGAUCUCCUGGUUUUGCUGCCGGUUGUUUUUUUCACGGCGCGGCCAGUCGAGAAUUAAGCUGUAACGUAAUCCCUUGUUACAUGUUGGAAAUCCAGUAGCUUUUGUAACUAUAUAUCAUAUAUGUACCUGUCUC